AUGUCAACCACCACUCCAACUCAAAACCACAUUUUCUUGCCAAAUUAUAUACUUGAAUAUGUUGUCGAAGAUCAAGAUAAUCCCAGACUUGAUCCUAACCUUUUCUUAAGCAAAGCUAGUACCUCACAAAUUGUGGAAGUGAUCAUGUCGUUUUAUCCUCAUCUCCGCUUUACCGAAAAUGCAAGACAAGAUCACGAAUUGAUCCUCAAGGUUUUUGUCGAGAUGGUUGCCCCACGUCUAUCAAACAUCAUCAUCCCUUUCAAUCGCAACACCGACUAUCUUCAAGCUAUGCUACGCACCCCAAUUCACCAACUGCAACCGUUGGCCAGAUCGGUGAACUCCAGCGCAGAUAUCGACACUAGAAGGAUCGAGCGCUUCGAAGUUUUCUGUCUUCCAAACCUCAAGACUGGUCGGUACCGCCUUGCUGCCGAUGAUCUCAAGAAUUUUGUCAAGGAUUAUAAACACCUCCAGCAAGUAGAGAUCGAUGAAAUUGUAUUUCUUCAAGAUGAUGCUCAAGAUCUCAUUCACGAUGUUACAUCUAACCUUCAAAGAACCCACGAUUCAAUUGAGAUUAUUCAGCUUCAGCUACGCAAUCCCAACCUCUCACCAACCGAGCGCCAAGACCUUGAGGAGCGGUCAAAAUCUGCGAACCCAUUGUUAAUUUCCCAUCAGAGGGCGUUCGAUGAUGCUAUCAAGGAUGCUGCUCUUCUUCACGCCUUGGCAAGAUAUCAUAUCAAUAUCCGCGAUAAACAUAGUGCUGGUCCUUCAAAUUAG